AUGUUGAGCUCAUGUUUUCUCGAAACCAUCGACACAUUUCUAUCAGUUGCUAUUAAAUUGUUGAAAUCUGGUAUCGUUGUAAAUUUCAUGAAUGAAAACCAGUUUAGAAAAUGUCCAACAACUCACAUGAGAUUGAACAGCUUCGUUGUGAAAGAAUUUGAUGACUCGGACACACCAAGGAAAAUCGUUGAAAGAUCCAGUAAACGGACAUAA